AUGGCAUCAGACGAAAAAACAAUUGAGCUUCUUGAGAAACUACACAAUUAUCAAUUGUUAACCAAUUCAUACCGUCAAUCAUUUAUUUCUGGGUUUCAAGAUCUUGCACGUGCCAAUUUUCAGACUAGUGAAAGGAUUAAAAUCGGAAAGGAUGCGUAUGAUCUAAGACCCUGUCUGGCAUGCACUAUUGCUGAAGCACAAAAAGAGGCGAAUGGAGAACCGUUAUUGACAAUAGUAGAUAAACUAAAGGAGAGGAAUAUGAAUGGAAAUGAACAUGAGCAGUAUGAUGCUGAUGGCGAUCACGAUGUUGAUCAUGAUAUUGUUGCUGGAGAUGAUAUCAAACAGCAAGUUAAAAACCGAAAACGGAAAAACGUGCAGACAAAAGAAGUAGAACAAGGUGUUUUGAAAGAUGUUCCAGAAGAAGUGAAUGAGAAAACUGAUGUAAGUUAUGACGACAAGAAUGAAGAAGCAAGUACAGUUUUGUUUCGAGAUCCUAUCAAGCAAUUUGGAGCUAUUCCUCCAGCAACACUUCGAAAAAGUCAAUCCCACUUCAAGGAGGCAUUACUGCAGGCAGUGGAAAUUAUUAAUUUGCAAAAAAGCAUUCAACGACUAAUCACUCAACUUGAGUUAGAGAAUUAA